ACAUCACCAACAUGGUCUACAUCCGCUCGCGCAAGUUCUGCUGCUGUCUGCCGGUCAGAUUCGGCGUGUUCUGCGAGGCUCUGAUCGGGCUCGCUAUUGGGGGCCUCUUCUCGGUAGGCGGCUGGAUUGUUGUGCACGACAUGAUGAAGGGAACCCUCAACCCGCCGCUCUCCGGAAACGAGAGGACCGCGGCCUGGAUCCUCUCCGUUGUCUCUACUCUCAUUUUCCUGAUUUCCCUCGGAGGUCUUGUCGGCUCGCUCUGGAAGAUCCUUUCGCUCGUUGGUCUGUACGCGGGUGCGAUCACGUUCGCAACCGUGCUCGACAUCGCGGCCGGAAUAUACGUCAUCUACCAGCUCUUCCACGGCGAGGGCGCGUCAGACAUCAGCAAGUGCGAGGCGAAUGCGGGCACGGGCGUGAACAAGGACUUCACGAGCUUCGCGUGCAAUGCGAGCUUCAAGACUGCACGUGUGGUCGUCGUCGUCAUCUACGCCCUCUUCUGGCUCUUCUCCAUCUACGGCUGCCACAUCGCGUUCGAGUACGUCGGCCAGUUGCGCGAGGAGAAGGAGAACGGCGGCGACAGCGAGAAGCGCGGCGGUGCGGCGCCGAACGUCACCAUCGUCAACACCCCGUACCCGUUCGCUGCGGCGCCGAACACCAUGGGCGCGCGGUAGGCGGCGUUUGACUUGAAGGCAGCAGCAGGGACAGCAAUGCGUGCUACGGCAGAUUGAAGUUGCGCUUGUACGGUAGUUUGUUCGAGGACGCUGUAGUGUAUCAUACGGCGGAUGUACCAUUACUACAGCGUCCGAACCGGGCGCAGGAAUCCCGACGGAUUGCGCCUGUGGGUCUCGUAAUGGCGACGGGGACUGCACCUUUUGAAAAC